GGAAAAUACCACGUCCCGAGCAUUUUGGAUUAAAAUAGUUUUUUUCUUUUUUUGCAGUCAAGGACAUUAAUGGGUGGACGCUCAGAAAGAAACGAGUACCUACUGCUUCACGCCUUCACAGAAAAUAACUUCAUAGUGCCAGACAAACCAGUGUUCAAGAAAAUGCAGCAGACCACUGUGGAGGACAAUGAUGAAAUGGGCACGGAUCAAAAUAAAAAUAAGAGUCGAAGGAAAGCUGCCUAUGCUGGAGGAUUGGUCCUGGAACCCAAAGUGGGUUUCUAUGACAAAUUCAUCUUGCUUCUCGAUUUCAACAGUUUGUACCCCUCCAUCAUUCAGGAAUACAAUAUCUGCUUUACUACAGUGCACAGAGAGGCUCCCUCAACACAGAAAUGCCAGCUGUUAUUUGAACAAUUUCUGGAUCUGGAGCAUCAACACUAAGAUGCCAAUUUGCUGACCUGAAUUUAUGCUGCAUGGGAGCAUCUGUAUCACCUAAAGGAGAGAGAGAAGAACAAGAGAAGAAGUAGAAGAAAAUCUGCAGAAAAGGAAUUCAAAUGGAUAAAAAAAAGAAGACGAGAAGCAGAAGCCCAGAGGAGACCCCAACUGACACAAGAGCACAGAAGAGGUAUCGAGUGGACGACACAACUCCGCCGCCCUUCAAUAUCAACAACUAUCAGCUCAUAAAAAAGCUGGGGAAGGGCUCCUUUGGCAAGGUGAUGUUGGCUUCUUAUACCAUCAAGAGCCAGCUCGUCGCUGUGAAGAUAAUAAAGAAGAAAAAGAAGACAGACUACCAUGAUAUCGAGAUGGAGGCUACAAUACUGCGGUUAGGUCACACAUGUCCAUUUCUUAGUCGGGCAUAUGCAAUCUUCCAAACUGAGUCACUCGUGUUGUUCAUCUUGGAGUAUGCCAGAGGUGGAACGCUGCACAAGCUUAUCAAACGUCACCGAUAUCUGAACAGCCAGGAAGCACAGUUUUAUUCGGCGGAACUUGUCCUGGGUUUGAGGUACCUGCAUAAGUAUGGGAUUAUUCAUCGCGACCUCGAGCCAAGAAACAUCUUACUGGAUGAAGAGGGACACGUGCAGAUCGCCGAUUUUGGCUUUGCCCAGGCUAGAAAGUUUGACUCAAAGGCUUGUCAUGGUACUGGAGGAGCAUCGGGAUAUAUGGCACCUGAGGUUUUGGAGGACGUUCCAUACAACUCAUCAGCGGACUGGUGGUCGUUCGGUGUUGUCGUCUAUGAAAUGGCCACUGGCAAGCUGCCCUUUUCACCAAAUGGAACCUUUCAAGAACAGCUGGACAACAUCACUAACACGGAGCCAUAUUAUCCAGAAACGCUUACACCUGAAUUUCGUGACUUCAUACAACAGCUCUUGAAGACGAAGGUAGAACAUCGCCUUGGAGUCUACGCCAAUGCCCAGGACCACCCAUUUUUUUCAUCAGUUAAUUGGGAGACAGUAAAGAACGAAGCAUGGUGCCUCCCUCUAAAACCAAGAAUUGUAAGUGCAUAA